AAACACGCCGGUCGUAUAACGUGCGAGAAAUGCGGCGAGAAGAUCGAGACGACCAUCUUCGUCGAUCAUAUACGCCAGUGUAUCGGAGCGGGCACCGUGGGCGCGAAUCAGCGAAACUUCUUGAAGAACGCGUUGAUGUCGAAUCACCUACCGGCCACGUUACCGCCGACCGAGACCGGCAGGAAGCUGGUCAGGGGUCAGGACGUUUGGCUGGGGAAGGGAGCCGAGCAGACCAGGCAGAUUCUCAAGUGUAUGUGGUGCGGUCAGAGUUUCCGCUCUCUCGCCGAGAUGACGUCGCACAUGCAGCAGACGCAACAUUACACCAACAUCAUCUCCCAGGAGCAGAUUAGACCACUGGUAGUUCCUCGCCAUCCGUAUUGAACGCC